AUGUCUUCCGCAAGCCGUCCUCUUUACAAGUUAGUUACUCUUUCGAUGCGAUGCUAUGCGAUGCGCCCACCACCACGACAUUUGUUAUGCUUCCUCUUCCGAAAGAACUAUGUGUUCCUCGGUGCAGUGUUUGGUGCUGCUUUUGGAUUCGAGAUGGCAUAUGAUUCAAUCACAGACCGAGUUUGGGACUCUAUAAACAAGGGACGUCAAUGGAAGGAUAUCAGAGCGAGAUAUGUUGAGGCUGCGGACGACGACGAAUAG